AUGCCACCCGACCCAUCUUCUACUUCCGAAGAAAGAGCCAUUGACAUCAGCGGCAGAACCUACCAACUUUACUGGUGUUACCAAUGCCAUCGAACUGUCAGAAUCGCAUCAGAAAACCCACCAAUCAUGUGUCCGAGGUGUUUCGGCCAGUUUGUGUAUGAAGUCAAUAUAGCCAGGCCAAGACUUGUGGUCGAGUUCACGGAAUUCGAUCCUUCACCUGAGGCCCGUAUACUGGAAGCACUCUCGCUCAUGCUUGAUCCUCCUCUUCCACAAGGUAAUCAACAUGAUGGUAGGUUUACAGACGUCGGAAUCCAACCCCCAUGGGGCCGGAAUCACGGAUGGAGAAGGCGAAGGGUGAGAAGGAACUCUCCGUUUGACGAUAUGGAUGGUUGGGAUCCCGCAAGCGGAAUUCUAGCACGUCCGCGCUCACGUUCAUGGAUCAUUCUUACACCAAAUAACCUCCCACGAAUCCCAAACAGUGCUAAUGACAACACUAAUAAUGAUCCUGAAGCAGAAAAUAUGGUCCCGAGAGGGGUUGAUCCUAGAAACUAUUUUGCUGGAUCUGAGUUAAACGAGUUGAUUGAAGAAUUGACUCAAAAUGACCGGCCAGGUCCACCUCCAGCGCCGGAUUCUGCCAUAAACGGGUUACCAGAUGUUAAAAUAACACAAACCCACAUUCUCAAUGAUUCUCAAUCUUGUGCAAUUUGCAUGGAGGAAUUCAAAGUUGGUGGAAGAGCGAAAGAGUUGCCAUGUAACCACAUAUACCAUUCCGAUUGUAUCCUACCAUGGUUAAGACUCCAUAACUCUUGCCCGGUGUGUCGGACUGAGUUGCCGGUGCCUAACAUCACGACCGAGGGAACCAGUGAUUCUUCUGAUGAUGGUAGGGGUAGGCGGCAGCGUUGUUCACGAUGGAGACGAUUAGCAUCGAUAUGGCCAUUUCAAACGAGGUCUGGGCAUCCUAGUUCCCAUGGCGAUACUCGCGAAGACUCGAGGGUGCACUCUUGCAGCAUCCUUUAG